UACGUGUGGGCCGCUGAGGAAAGAGGAAAGGAGCGGUGCUGGUCUGCAUGGGGCUUCCUGCGCUACGUUAUAAAGACUCCCCUCCCUCCGGCUAACCUCGACAGUCUUGCUCGGACAACUGUGGUAGGUUAUAUCUUAGCCUAGCUAUAUUGAGGAACCUGAUAGUUGAACUGAGGGUCGUGAGGUCAGCAUUGAGCACAUUGGUUCUCGUCCCUGCUGGUCGGGGUGAGUGGUUAACUAGAUGUUUUGUAGAUGUUAUUUAAGGGUUCGAUCAUGUUUUAUAAUGUUUAAUAACAUUUAGGGGUUGCCUGGAUUGGUGUGAUUGAAACUGGCGACAGGGAUGUUCAUUCAUGUACCAUCUUAUACCUCUUUUCUGUCUAAGUGUUCAUUUUUUCAACAUGGCUUCACCUGGAGGGUGAAUUAUGUGUGGAUAAGAAUCUAUUUUGUGGCUAAAUUUUUCCUACAACAUGACAGAUAUUUAGUUAUAUAAAUGGGGAUGUAUUGACAUUUCAAAGGUAUUUUUCAUUAUGUAAUGAGAUCCGUGUGUUGUGCAUAAAGGAAUGACAUUGUGUUUCAUAAUGUUGCAUUAUAUUUCAGUGUCGUCAUGUUUUGCUUCUUGCAGGUACGAGUAGGGAGCUGGUCUCACCUAACAGAGGCGUCCAGGAGACUGCCCUCUAUUUAUUCUCUAGUUGGUGUCUUCCUCAACAAGGUAGGUCAACGUGAGGGAGCAACACUUUGACUGGGACAGUAUAUUGUACAUUUUAGAAACUUCUAUAAAAUACCAGUAUGUUUUUUUCCUUCCUCUCCCAAACAAAAGAUGAGCAAGAUCCAGGUGGAGGGAUACCAGGUUGGAGGAAGGCGUGAGGUGAUGGGGUCUGAUGCGGCUGCUGCGGAGGGAUAUGUGAAGGAGUUUACGCGCCACUCCAACGACGUCCUGCUGAAUCUGAAUGAGCUGAGGCACCGGAACAUUCUGACCGAUGCCACCCUCAUGGUGGGCACUGCCCGGCUGCAGGCACACUGUGCUGUGCUCAUUGCCUGCAGGUCAGCUCAGAGGAUAAUAUGCAUUGUCAUUCUUGUUAUUUUUCUUCUUGUUCUUGUACUAAAUUGUGCAUUCUCUCUCUCUCUCUCUCUCUCUCUCUCUCUCUCUCUCUCUCUCUCUCUCUCUCUCUCUCUCUCUCUCUCUCUCUCUCUCUCUCUCUCUCGCUCUCUCUCUCGCUUCCUCAGUGGGUUCUUCUACUCCCUGUACUCCAGUCGUGUGUCCUCCACCGUACGGAGUGGUGCUGGUGCUGGAGGCCAGGCCCUGACCCUGUCUCUCCCUGACUCCCUGGACCCCUCCAGCGUCUCCUUGCUCCUGGAUUUCAUGUACACCUCCCGGCUGCCCCUCACAUCACGCACCGUCCCCGGGGUGCUCUCCGUCGCCACCUACCUGCAGAUGGACCAUGUGGCCGACACCUGCAGGGCUUUCAUGUUACACAGGUGAGCCCCUUUUUUCUAGAAGUCUAUGGGUGAGCCUUGGGGGGUGGGAGGGGAGAGAGUGGUGAUGCUAGCUAACAGGAUUAACUAAAAUCACCCAUGGGAAAAUGAAUUUACUGAAAGACUAUGUCAGCUAGAGACUUUGGGGUAGACUUGAAUAGGCAGUUAGCUGUAAAUGUUUUAAGCUUUAAAUAGGCUUCAAAGUCUCUCCGACAGGCGCCAUGGCUGCUGGUCGAAACUAUGUUAAAGAAUCAUUUACCUAUGGUCUACAGUUAAUUGGUUUUGACUGGCAAUACCUGACAGUUCCUUUUGUUUCCCCAUACAGUGAGAGGAUGAGAGGGACGCCCCCUCAAGUGGAGCUGGACUCCACGGUGUCUGCAGUGUCUGUAGCACUCUCAGGGGGAGUUCCUCCCAAUCCCCCCCUCAAUGGAAGACCCCGCCCGUCUGUUCUCGCUGUCUCCACCCCCUCACAGCCCGCAGCGGUGGCUGAGGGACGUAUUUACCCUAUCUCGGCCAGGUGAGAGAGAGAUAGAGAGAGGGAGGGUGGGUGUGUGUGUGUGUGUGUGUGUGUGUGUCUUUCUCUUUGCCAGUACCAUGUGUGUGUUUGUCUCUAUGUGCCAUUGUCUAUGUUCAGUUUUCUCAUUACAUGAGUUCCUUUUUUUCUCCUUCAGGGUCCCUGGAGACAUCCAGGCCUCUCUGCAGCCAGGGACUUUCCUGACCCAUAAGCCCAGGUCAAAGGAACUAAAGCUGGAGCCUGAAUCGCCCCUCCCCACCCCCUCUCCAGAAAGCCCAUCCCGCUCCAGCUGCCAGCCCAACUCUCCCGCUGAGUCCAACACCUGUAACCUGGGUGAACCCAAGCGCAGCCCUGACCCUAAGGCUUGCAACUGGAAGAAAUACAAGUACAUCGUCCUCAACCCUCUCUGUGCCGUAACCACGGUGAAGGGAGAGGAGCCUGAGGAGGUCCAGCAGCAGCUUGGGCACAACCCCACCUCUGAUAGGAUGGAGGUUACAUUGAAGCCAGCUAUAGAGGUGUGGCCAGGGGAAGGAUCCGGCCAAAAUGACAGGUGUGUUGUCAAUAUUAUGCAUAUUAUGCAAUACAGGUAUUUUAAAACCUUUUUCUAAACCAACAAGUCACAUUGACAAAAUAAACUUUCUAAGGAAUACCUUGUCUGUCCAAGGAGAUAGUUUAAGUUGGCACUGAUGUUGACAACAUGACUAUGUUCUGUCUUCCAGGCAAGGGCAGGCCUCCUGCUAUGAUGUCCCUGGCCGUAGCCCUCCUCUGGUGCCCCACAUAGGGCUGCCAGCCCACCAUGUGGACCACCCCAUGGAGCCCCCCACCCACAAGGAAGGAAGAGGUACUACAACUUUACUACCUCGGCAGCAGCAAAUAUGACAUAUAGAACAUUUAUUUUCUCCAUCUAAACAGUGAGAGAUCAUAAUUGUGUUAUAUGCUUACAAUAUACAUACAUUGAUAUGUGUCAUAUGUAAAUAUAUGAGAUACGUAUUGGUAUAUAUUCUCUGCCCCUCCCUCUCAGCCUCGCCUUGCUAUCUGGCACCCCGCCCAUUGGAGCCAGAAGCCGCCCAUCACUGCCAACACCCAAUCAAGCACGAGAAUUACAGCUUGCCAUUCUGUUACUCUGGCAACCUGAGCGUGAUAAAGGCUGUCUGCACAGGUGAGGCAGUUAACCAAUCACAUCUGAUGAUGUGGUCAUUUGACACACACACCUCCAUGACAUGAUGUUUGAGUGCCAUUUAUCAUCAUAGUAACGAACGGAGGGAUUGCAGCAGUUUGGACAGUUAGGCAUUAUGAUAAUGGCCCCUGAUUACAGUUGAUUAUCGCCACAGGUAGUUGAUGUGUGUGUGUUUCAUUGAACUUCUCUUUCCCUUCUUUUCCAGCCCCCGCUGCAGGCGACAAGCCAUACCGCUGCAACGUGUGUGGCGCCCAGUUCAACCGGCCCGCCAACUUGAAGACUCACUCCCGCAUACACUCUGGAGAGAAGCCCUACCACUGUGAUACUUGCGGGGCCCGAUUCGUUCAGGUGAGGACCCACCACUGAUGAGGGAAAGGGGUUGAACAGAGGAUGUGUGGCAGGGAAGGAAUCUGUGUGUAUGUGUGUGUGUGUGUGUGUGUGUGUGUGCAGGAACAAAGUGUAACGUCAAAGUAAAAUUGACAGUUUAUGUUAUAGCUAUGCCAUGUUAUGUUAUGUUAUACGUUAUUUAUCAAUGUUCAUUUGGCUGACCUGUGCGUGUGUGUUAUCCUACAGGUGGCCCACCUGCGGGCCCAUGUUCUGAUUCACACAGGGGAGAAGCCCUAUCCCUGUCACACCUGUGGCACUCGCUUCCGUCACCUGCAGACCCUGAAGAGCCACCUGCGUAUUCACACUGGCGAGAAGCCUUACACUGUGAGUAUAUUACUCACACAUUACAAAGAACUGCAUUGUUGGUUAAGGGCUCGUAAGUAAGCAUUUCACAGUAAGGUCUACACCUGUUGUAUUGAAUUUGAUUUGACACACAUACGUGUGCAGACACAGGCACACACAUGCACGCAGGCACGCACACCUCUUGUGUUUGACCUCUUGCAAUACAAACAGUUGUUCCAUGAUGAAAUAGAUUGUUUGUCUGUUUAGAACCAUCAACAACAUUAUGAUGCCAUGACCUUGCCCUCUCCCCUCCCCUCUCUCUCCCAGUGUGAGAAGUGUGACCUGCACGUCCGCCACAAGAGCCAGCUGCGUCUCCACCUGAGGCAGAAGCACGGCGCCGUCACCAACACCAAGAUCCGCUACAAGGUCCUUGCCGACCCCUACCAGCCCAUCCUGCAGGCCUGUUAAAGGUCCUCCCUGUGAACCCAGACCUUUAACCUCUAACCCCAAACCCAAUAGAUACCAGCCAUGACCCCAACAUUUCUGUCAAUCAAAUCAUGAUUGUUUCUGUUUCCACCCUAGUUUCUCUUGUGUUAUUAUGGUCCAUGGUUGCGUCUCAAAUGGCACCCUAUACUUUAUAUAGUGGACUUCUUUUGACCAGGGUUAAUAGGGCCAAUAGGGAAUAGGGUGCCGUUCGAGACUGCCUGUCUGUAUUUUUCUCAAGUAUGUUUCACCCACUGGCUAGGAAGACCAUUAUAACACCUACACAUAAUUUGGAAGUACAUGUGUCCUGUAUGUGAAGCCAAUCAAGCCAUGAUGUUCUAAUAUGAUUUGGGAAAGACGGCAGGACCAGAGAUUUGAGCUGAUAUGUAGAUAGCAUGCUGAUGCCUCUUCUCUACAUGCUGUCAGUGAGGUAUUGGGCUGCAGGCUGUCUCAGGUCCAUAUGCGUUAGGUCAGUAUGAUGUGGAUCUUGUCAAGAGAGCUGACGAGAGUUACUCGGAGUAGUAUGGUAUGUUGUAUCCCAUCAGUUAUUUUGGAGUUGAAAGAAAUUCACGAAUUUUGAGGGUAUGAGUAGAGAGAGAGAGAGACAAAGAGAGAGAGAGAGAGAGAGAGAUACA